GUACCAGCAGUGCAGAAGUAAAGGAAAAUCGAAACAUUGGCAACCUGGAGGAUCAUCCAAUAGCCUCUACUGAGAGGGCAAGAGGGGGAACACCUAGCAGUAAGAGGAAAAGACCCUUAGAGGAAGGCAAUAAUGGCCAUUUCUGCAAACUGCAGCUCAUCUGGAAGAAAGUUUCGUGGUCAGUGACACCAAAGAAUGCUCUGGUUCAACUACAUGAACUUAAACCAGGAUUACAAUAUAAAAUGGUUUCCCAGACAGGUCCGGUGCAUGCCCCAGUCUUUGCUGUUGCUGUGGAAGUAAAUGGACUUACAUUUGAAGGCACAGGGCCCACAAAAAAGAAAGCCAAAAUGCAUGCUGCAGAGUUAGCUCUGAAGUCAUUCGUUCAGUUCCCCAAUGCUUGCCAAGCUCACUUCGCCAUGGGAAACUGCAUCAACCCAUCCACAGACUUUACUUCUGAUCAGGCAGACUUUCCAGACACUCUGUUCAAGGAGUUUGAACCAUCCACACACAGCAAGGACUUCUCAGUCUAUAACCCUGUUAAUAACGAGUUGCUUUCCACUGCGUAUCGACACGGACGCUUACUCUGCCAUACGCUGGACUUAAUGGGCCACAGUAAGCAAAGCAAGCACAAGACAGCAUCCAGAGCAGAGAGUGAGAAGAACCCAGUGGUGCUGCUCAAUGAGCUGCGGUCAGGCCUGCGGUACGUCUGCCUGUCGGAGACGGUGGAGAAACAGCACAUCAAGAGCUUUGUGAUGGCGGUGAGAGUGGAUGGGAGAACAUUUGAAGGCUCAGGACGUAGCAAGAAGCUGGCAAAGGGUCAAGCAGCACAGGCAGCCUUGCAGGCCCUCUUUAACAUUCGGCUGCCCAGCCACAUUCCCAGCAGGAGCAAAUGUCACCAUUUGCCACAGGAUUUUGCCGACUCCAUAUACCAAAUGGUUGCACAGAAGUUCCAGGAACUGACAGACAAUUUCACUUCCAUGCAUGCACGCCACAAAACUCUUGCAGGCAUUGUGAUGACCAAAGGUUUGGACAUCAGGCAAGCUCAGGUUAUUGUGCUGUCAUCGGGUACCAAAUGUAUAAAUGGGGAAUACAUCAAUGACCAAGGGCUUGCUGUCAACGACUGCCAUGCAGAAAUUGUGGCAAGAAGGGCAUUUGUUCACUUCCUCUACUCACAGCUGGAGCUACACUUAAGCAAACGGCGAGAGGACUGGGAGCGAUCAAUCUUCAUGCGAUUAAAGGAGGGAGGCUACAGGCUGCGGGAGAACAUCCUGUUCCAUCUCUACGUGAGCAUCUCACCCUGUGGAGACGCGCGCCUCAACUCCCCCUACGAAAUCACAGCUGACUUGAACAGCAGCAAGCACAUAGUGAGAAAAUACCGCGGGCACCUCCGGACGAAGAUUGAAUCUGGAGAAGGAACGAUCCCCGUGCGGUGUCGGAACGCGGCUCAGACGUGGGACGGCGUGUUGCUGGGAGAGCAGCUCAUCACCAUGUCCUGUACAGACAAAAUUGCCAGAUGGAACAUCCUUGGUCUCCAAGGUGCUCUCCUCAGCUCCUUCAUUGAACCUAUGUACUUGCACAGCAUCAUUGUGGGAAGCCUUUACCACACUGGUCACCUUUCACGGGUAAUGAGCCAUAGAAUAGAAGACAUUGGUCAGCUGCCAGCUUCGUACCGGCGCAAUCAGCUGCUCCUCAGUGGUGUUAGCCAUGCUGAUGCUCGGCAGCCCGGAAAAUCUCCCAGCUUCAGUGUGAACUGGAUUGUGGGGACCACUGAGCUGGAGGUUAUCAAUGCCACAACGGGGAAGAGGGUCUGUGGGAAUCCCUCCCGGCUCUGCAAGCACAUGUUCUUCACUCGCUGGGCAAAACUUCAUGGCAAGCUGAGCACACGAGUACCAAGCCAUGGAGACAUGCCAUCAGUGUACAGCGAGGCAAAGCUGGUGGCUCAGACGUACCAGUCUGUUAAGCAGCAGCUGUUUAAAGCAUUUCAGAGAGCUGGUCUGGGCACCUGGGUGAAGAAACCCCCAGAGCAAGAUCAGUUCCUACUAACUGUGUAA